UGAGAAAAGUUAGAGAGGACAAGUUUAGAAGCAGUUGUGAGAACUAAAGACAGAGAGGGGGGUGUGAAAACAGGCACGCGGCAUCAAGUGUUGUAGGAAUGAAACGCUCAGUUAGAUUAUAUUGAAGGAAGCUCUCAUCAGUCGUCCGCUUCUCAUCCGUGUUUGUGCGGCACAUCGGAGCCUCGCGCUGCAUCUGGCAGAGAGAAGCCCACUUCCGAGCGCACAAUGAGGCAGUGUGUCCGUGUCCGAGACAAUACCGCAAGAUGCUGCGGAGAGACGCGAUUCCCACCGGAUCAGGGACGAUUCGCUCGACUGCACCGUGAGACCAACUAAAAGGAUGACACCUUAAUCGGUGCAUGAAGGGCAAAGACAAGACUUCUGGACGUCCAAUUAAAAAGCCAUUACUUAAGAAUGAAGUUCCGGUGCGCUAUGGCUUUCAUCACUUUUGUGACCUUGGUCUUCAUUGGAUCAGAAAUCAAAAUGGUGUCAAGGGUCUUUGAUAAGUUCCCCAAGAAACAGCCAACAAAUAUUCCCUUGGACGACAGCAGUGCAACAGAAAAGAUGGUUCUCAAAAGGCUGCUUUCUAAACUGGGCGCAAAUUUCUCUCAUGACCAAGAAGAGGAAGAGCAGGAGGAUUUAGCCAUGAACAGGAACAGCAGUGGACAUAAGCAUGUAUUGCUCAUGGCCACCACACGAAGCGGCUCAUCAUUUGUUGGAGAAUUUUUCAACCAGCAUGGGGAGAACAUGUUCUAUUUGUUUGAGCCUUUGUGGCAUGUCGAACGAUUUCUUUUAUCCCCCGCAGGGGCGCGCAACACCUCAGUAUCCUCUGUCUACAGGGAUGUACUCCAGAAGCUCUUCCUGUGUGACUUUUCAGGCCUUGAGAAGUUCAUCUCUCCCCCACCUCAGCAACAUGUCACCACAGAUCUUUUUCGCAGAGAAUCCAGCGUGUCUCUGUGUGACGAUCCUGUCUGCACUCCUGUAAUCAAACAUGUUUUUGAGCGAUAUCACUGUAAGAAUCGUCAAUGUGGACCUCUGAACUUCACCCUUGCAUCUGAGUCCUGUCUUUCCAAACAAUACCAUACCAUUAAAAGUGUCAGAGUGAUUCAUCUGGACACACUGAAGCCUUUCGUGGAGGACCCAAGGAUGGAUGUCAGAAUUAUCCAGCUAAUUCGAGAUCCACGGGCUGUUUUAGCAUCGCGCAUGGUGGCUUUCUCUUCACAAUAUCAGACGUGGAAGGCCUGGGCGCAGGACGGCCAGGUGCCCGAAGAUGAUGUGGAGAUGAAGAGACUCAAGGGAAACUGUGACCACAUCAGGGUUUCUGCAGAGCUGGGACUCAGCCAACCCUCCUGGCUAAAGCACCGCUACAUGUUGGUGCGUUAUGAAGAUAUCGCCCGUUACCCUAUGCAGAAGGCAGAGGAGAUGUACAAGUUCAUGGGGAUCCCAUUCAGUUCCCAAGCAAGAGAGUGGAUUCUGAAGAACACGUAUACUACUCAAGAAGCCAGCGGAGUUUACUCCACUCAGAAGAACUCAUCAGAGCAGUCAGAGAAAUGGAGAUUCAGCAUUCCUUUUACACUGGCUCAGGUUGUGCAGGAACUGUGUGGACCCACCAUGAAGCUGUUUGGAUACAAAUUCGUGGAGGAUGAAAAUACACUGACCAAUAACUCGAUCAGCCUGCUUGAGGACAAAGUGUUUUAUUGAUCAAGAGAUCCAAGUUUAGCUGUGAAUCUGCAAAACACUGCAGGCAAUAGGUCAGAACCAGGAGAAGCCAUAACUGCACAGACCAAAACUGCAAAGCACCAGUAUCGUAGGACACAAACUGUUCUGUUGACAGCAGCAUUCAGUGCAUAACAUUUAUAUCCAGACACACCAUUGAUUUGCCUCAUUAGAAAAUUAAUCAUGCAUAGUAUGUUCACUGAGAAGCCUGGUACUUAAGCUUUAUGUCAUUUAUAUUUUGUUCAUCAGGGAAAAAGUCUUAAUCUUCAUCUUGACUUUGUGGGAAUAUUAGGUAAGAUGUUAUUAGUAGGUUGGAAUUUCAGGGAUAAACUACAGAGAUUCUGUUAUGCUUAUGAGGGACAUGAAGGAGAGGAUUUUUUUCUGUGCAUUGGGUUUCAGACAUUAAUAAUCAUGCUAGAUCUGGCUAGGCAACAGAAUGAUUGUAGAGCAGAUCUGAUCAGCUUGAGUGGUUUUAAAGAUCUGACUCAGGCAUGGUGUAAGUACAGUAUAAAUGGCAUUUUGAAGAGUUUUUAUAAGCAGCCUCUCCAGACCUCAGCAUUGUGUAACAACAGAGUUCAUUUUUAAUCUGACUGGCCAAAUACGUCUUUUGAGCACUUUCUUAAAAUGAAAUUUUAUUUGGCACAAAGAUGUAAAAAGUUCAGUCAUAAUAGAUCAAACAUACUGAAGAAUUUAUAGAAAAAUGAGUAAAUCUAUUGAAGAAAUAUGUUACCUCUGCUGUGUCAGCAGUGAGCUCCUCUCCCCCUUCCCCCACUGUUUCACCAGCAGUGAUAGUUGUAGUUUUUUAUCCAUCUAAGUAGACAGAAAGUUUUAGUUUUUGGCUCCUGAUAGCUCAGAUCUUAUUUUAGAGAUGACCUCUUGUAUCAGGUAUGUGUUUAUGCAAACAUAUCCAAAACUACUGCGCAAGGACUUUAUAGUUAAUAAAUGAUUAAUACGUUUUUGUUUUGAAAAAAGAAAAAAAAACAAAUAAGAAAUUCUUAAAGUCACACUUUGAGGAUCAAAGUUGUUUGUUCUGGUGACAACUCACAUAAGAACAUAUAUGGGUCUGAACUUUAGGAGAGACCCAGCUGGUGUUUCGUUCGCUGUCGCUCUUCAUGGUAUAUAAAGGUAACCACUGUGGCUCCAGCUCAAUGGCACCAUUGUGUUCAGUUUGGCUGAGGCCCUCCUGAAAUGGCAGCAUUGCUUAUGGAAGGGAGACUCUUUUAGUCAUGCGCUUAUACCACCUUCUCUUUGAAAACAUUAAUAUACCGCACUGCAUAGUCCAGUCUCACCACUGAACUGUUUAAGUCUAAAGGAGGACAGUGAAAUGCCAGCCUUCCAACUUAAACAGUGUGGUAAUCACAGUGUGCCUUCAACCGCUUUAGAUUCAGAAACAUUUUUGAGUGUAACAGGUUCCAUUGGCAGGUUAUCAUGGUAUGAAAAAAGAAGACAAAAAAGGAAACGUCAUGUAAUCUGUUGGUACAUGCCAUGUCUUUUACCAAAGAGUUUCACUUGAAAUUCCCGUGCUCAGUUAGUCUUCACUCAACAGAUAACUAAGUUACAUUCUGAAAAAUACGAGGACGUGUUGUUUUCUCCAAAGCACUCAUGAAGAGAUUAUUUAAAGCUGCAACAAAGUCAUUUUAAUACAAAAGCAUAAUGACAAAGAUUCGACCUUCAUAGCUAUACAAGACUUGAAUUUAACGUUUUCAUAUAUAGGUAGAAAAUUAUGAUUCAACUUCAGUCAUAUUUAUUUUUUAGAUCUAACUGCCUACUCAUUUGCUGUGAGUUUCUAUAGCCAAGUUGACAUCCUUAAUCAAGAUAAUUUAUAUCUGCAAACAAGGAAAACUAAACAAACUUUAACAUGCAUAGUUUGUGCAUGUUUUAUACAUGCUUGGAGGCUAAACUGUGGUGUUUUUUUUACUCAGGGCAAAGUAAGUUACUUAAAACAGAAUGUCAGUUGCUAUCCCAUCAUCUCAUGUGAAUUUUGCAGAUAGCUGUGUUUUUGGUCACAUCGAUAAGCAGCUGAUAUAAAGCCUUUAUAGUGUCAUCAGAUUGGAGUCUAGUUUUAUUGUUUCGUUGAGGAAAAACUGACAAGUUUACUCGCAGUAAAUGACUGAAUAAAGAUGGAAAAGAAAAUGUUCAUGCACUUCAAAAACCUUUAUUUAAUGCCCUGAGCACUCCUAAUGUAUGCCUUACACUGGCCUCCCCCUUCAAGCUGUUAUGUGAAGGACACUGCUUUACAGGACGAGAAAAAAGGGAGGACAUUUAAUACAGGAAGUGUUACAAUACUUCUGGCAUCCUGUUGGCCAAGUUCAAGACACAAACUAGCAAGUGGAAAUGUCUCUAGGAGUUUUAUUGUGCCAAUGCAUAUACAAAUACCGGAGAACUGUAGCUUUUAUUUUAUGGGGUCUUUAUGUACUUGUCUGGAGUUGUAAUGCAAAAAUAAAAAAAAGGAGUGUAAAAACACUUUGUAGGUGCAGAGACUCAGGAUCAUCAAAGUGAAUUUAUUAUAUGUUUAGUUUGGUCACUUCCUCUGUUAGGCUGUCAUCUGGGAAUGAAAUGUUUGAAAGAUAUGAAGUUGUUUGAUUGUUUUUCUCUGAAUAAAGAUUAAAUUG